AUGCAGUCCACCGCCGCGGAUGUUCUUCGAGCUUCGGACGCUUCCGAGUUCGCCUAUCCUACACCCCCUGAGCUCCAUGUGACUGCGUGGAACACUCUUCUCCAGACGGCGACAGCCACGAGCCCUCAAAUGCCCUUCACAGUCGAUGGACCUUCCCAGCCGGAGAGCUUGCGAGAUGUUGGGUCUCAGUACCACUCGUCUUCGAAUCGCAUCGUCUUACCACGUGACGACUUUUACCGCAGAGCCUGCUGGUCGCCCGACGGAUCUUUGCUGCUGGCCGUAACAGAGUCGCAGCAGACACACACCUUUGCCUAUAGGCAUCAUCUAGACAGUUUCAAGGGCGACGAGGGGCGCAUACUCGAGUUUCGCACGAGGCGCAAGAGCCCUUCGCCUCUUCUCGAUGCAAUCUGGUACCCUCUUCCUGCCAUGGAGGAGCCGACAGACGAUCUCACCCAGCCAGCGACUCCCCCUAUGCCGUCAUGGUGCUACGCCGAAUCCCACCGGGAUCUCCCGAUCCGCCUAACAGGAAGCCAAGACGGUCGCUCGCGUGCCAGCUACUCGAUCAUGAACCACGUCGAGAAGUUUGUCGGACCUCACUCGCUCGCUUUCAGUCCCGACCUCUCACGGAUCUACUGUGGUCUUCAUUCCGCUCUUGCUGUGUUUCCCCUGUCUAAGCCGGGGCUCAAUACGCAUGCAUCUAUUCCACUCGUCGAAGGCAAGCGCUCUACCGGAGGUCAAAGAGGAAUCAUCUCAGCUCUGGCAGCUACUGCACAUCCCAGCGAUCCAACACAAGAGCUCAUUGCAGUAGGCACAUUCAAUGCCACCGUUGCGGUCUACAGCUUCGAUCCAACAGAAUUUCCAGAGCCAGCAGAACACACAGCGGUGCCGACGGCAGGCAGCGAUGGUCAUGGGUCUCUCGCUCGCAAAUCGUGCCUUGCAGGUUGGAGAGAGGUUGAAGGCGACGGUAUCACACAGCUCAAGUUUCACCCGCUCUCGCCAUACGUGCUGUUCGUCGCAUCAAGGCGUUCGUAUCACAUCUAUGUGUAUGACAUUCGGUAUCUGAUGGGCGAUACAUCCAAGUGGAGUUUCCGGCCGCUAGCUCAACCAGCUGCUGGUGUGCGGACGGCCCACUUGCUUGCCAAGUUGCGCCGACCAGGUGGAGCGAGUCAUCAACGGCUCUACUUUGACGUGGAUUGGGCGGGUCGCUGGCUCGCAUCGGGUGACGAGCAAGGAAUGAUCAGCCUGUGGCGUAUUGACGUCGACCGGUUUACGAAUCAGACUAAUGGUGAUCACGAUCAGAUCGACGGACCACAUGAGGCGGAGUUGCGGCCAGACAUGACCUGGAAGGCGCAUCAGGACGCCAUCGGUUCUGUGACUUUUCACCCGCACGAGCCUUGGCUUGUGUCGGUGUCCGGAUCACGGCGCUGGCCCGAUACGCAGAGGGAGGGUUGCAGCGACUCGAAGCCAACAGACAGUGGCUCGGACGUGGAAGAUGCUUCAAGCCCACGGCGAGCUUGGACGACCAGCGAUAGCUCGCUCAAGUUAUGGGACCUUUCGCAGCCACCUACGCUUCCCGCCUUGUGA